CGACAGGCUCAGCGGCUAGGAGCGUCACGUGAGGAUGGGCGGUGGAGGUGGAGGCUGGUCUCGCCUGUUUCUUCGUCUCUAUGGUUUUCAGAGGUGGGCGGCUUUGACGGAGAAGCAGCUGGAGCUCCAGCGUGGACGGGAUGUUUCGUCUUAACUCUCUUUCUGCAUUGGCAGAGCUGGCAGUGGGCUCUCGAUGGUACCAUGGAGCAUCACAGCCCACCCAGAUCAGGCGACGGCUGAUGAUGGUGGCUUUUCUUGGAGCAUCUGCAGUAACUGCAAGUACUGGUCUCUUGUGGAAGAGGGCCCUUGCACAAUCCCCACCAUCUGUAAACAACCUAAAGAGUGAACUUGGUGAUAAAGGCAAGAGUAAAGAUGAAGGGGAAGAUUGUAACCACGAAAAAAAGGCUUCAGGUAUUUGUCUUGAGCCUUAUCCAGAAGAGAAAAAGAAGAAACGUUCUGGAUUCAGAGACAGAAAAGUGAUGGAAUAUGAGAAUAGGAUUCGCGCAUAUUCCACACCAGACAAAAUCUUCCGAUAUUUUGCUACCUUGAAAGUAAUCAGUGAGCAUGGUGAAUCUGAAGUGUUUAUGACACCACAAGACUUUGUGCGAUCCAUAACACCCAAUGAAAAACAACCAGAACACUUGGGUCUGGAUCAAUAUACAAUAAAACGCUUUGAUGGAAAGUUUUUGAAAGUAUCUUCAAUGUCACCACUAAGUUUAUGGUUUGGUAGCAAAUCAGAAAACAGCAAAAUUGCCCAGGAACGAGAAAAAUUUGCUGACGAAGGCAGUAUAUUUUACACCCUUGGAGAAUGUGGACUCAUAUCCUUUUCAGACUACAUUUUCCUUACGACUGUUCUUUCUACUCCUCAGAGAAAUUUUGAAAUUGCCUUCAAGAUGUUUGACUUGAAUGGAGAUGGAGAAGUAGACAUGGAGGAGUUUGAACAGGUUCAGAGCAUCAUUCGCUCCCAAACCAGCAUGGGAAUGCGUCACAGAGAUCGUUCUACAACUGGUAACACCCUCAAGUCUGGCUUGUGUUCAGCCCUCACAACCUACUUUUUUGGAGCUGAUCUCAAGGGGAAGCUGACAAUCAAAAACUUCCUUGAAUUUCAGCGUAAACUUCAGCACGAUGUUCUGAAGCUGGAAUUUGAACGCCAUGACCCUGUGGAUGGGAGAAUCACCGAGAGGCAGUUUGGCGGCAUGCUGCUGGCCUACAGUGGGGUACAGUCCAAGAAGUUGACUGCCAUGCAGAAGCAGCUCAAGAAGCACUUCAAAGAGGGAAAGGGUCUGACAUUUCAGGAAGUGGAGAACUUCUUUACUUUCUUAAAGAACAUUAAUGAUGUAGACACUGCAUUGAGCUUUUACCAUAUGGCUGGGGCAUCUCUUGAUAAAGUAACCAUGCAGCAGGUGGCCAGGACAGUGGCUAAAGUGGAACUCUCAGAUCACGUGUGUGAUGUGGUGUUUGCGCUCUUUGACUGUGAUGGCAACGGAGAGCUGAGCAAUAAGGAAUUUGUUUCUAUCAUGAAGCAACGGCUGAUGAGAGGCCUGGAGAAGCCCAAAGACAUGGGCUUCACCCGCCUCAUGCAGGCCAUGUGGAAAUGUGCACAGGAAACUGCCUGGGACUUCGCUUUGCCCAAACAGUAACCCAGAACUGCACGAGGAGCCGCGCCUCCAGGCCAAGCACCCUGGCCCCUUGGGCAGAGCCUUGGCACAGUCCUCCCCGCUGCUGCUUCCGGAAGUAGUGCUCCCCUCCUCCUGGGAAUGAUCUCAGGACUCAUCAAGUUUCCCCUCUCCCAGUGUUCUGAUAGGCCCUGGUUCUAAACCAGUGAUUCUCCCUAGAGGUCCUCAAAAACAUGAGCAGGUCCUAAAAGCGCAGACCUUUGGCACGUUCAACAGUACUACCCAUUCAAGCACCCUACAAAGAAUGCGGGACCCAUCCAUGUACCUGCCAACCCUGGGAAACACCCAUUUCUUGAGUCAUCUUGGUGUGGAUUUAUAUUAACAAGAACAUUCCUUGCUUCUCCUCCUGCUGGUGUUUUUUAAGCUACAAAUUGGGAAAACCUCUGGCAGAAAAAGGAAAUCAGUGAUGAAUGAUAACGAGGAUGACCCAGGCACCCUGAGCUGGUGGGAAGCCUGGGCCAGAGGAAGGAUCUGUGUCAGUCCCCGGGGUGGCUCUGAGGCAGUGUGCACAGUGGGAAUGGAGCAAGAUUAGGAAUUUAAAGUAGCUGCUGCAUGGCUCUCUCCACUCCCUUCUUUUCCUCUCAGGCUCCCUAAGAAGACUCCAGCACGACUGUGCUUAUUAAAUGAGCGGCAGUGAUUAAGCUCAUGGCCCCUGCGAGUGCCAUUUCCCCUCCAGGCGUGUGCCUCUGAAGCUGAGUCCUGGCUCAGAGCCUGUCUGCCCUGUCUUAAACACUUGUAAAAUAGCACUUUAAUUAUAACGGUUUGCAGUAAAGCCCCACCAACCACC